UCAACAAAAUCUGUGAAAAACAAUAACAGAAAUCAAUGUUUUCAAACAAGUUCAGCGACGGUGUUGUCUCAUCAGUGUCUUUUAAUUAAACAAACUAUCAACCGUAUUAUUUUUAAAUUAACUGUUUUCAACAAAAAAUCAAUGCAUGAAUUUUUAGUGUGUUUUCACAUCACCAAAUUCCCCUAAAAAUUUUAAAUUUCAUAAAUAUAAUACAUAUUCCGCGCGCCUUUACUUUUCAAGUUGACCUCGAAAUUCAAGGGUAGCGAAGGGGGUAUCCCUUUAUACCGCACCCCACUCCGUAAAGCCGGCUACAUGGUGGCCGCUUGGCUUCCUUUGUGAGAGAAAGCGUGGCUUGGCAACAGUGCAGCCACCCCACGACAAGCGCACAAACUAAAUACAGUGUUAGAAAGAGAUAGAGUACACACGUAUAUAUAUAUACAUACUAUAUACGAAGAGAAUAUAGCGAACGAAACCCCCCUUGUUUAUUGGUUGUGUGUGUUGGAUCAGUGUGAAGAGUAGCCCCGCUUCGUCUCUUCUUCGUGUGGUGUGUGCUAACCAAGCUUUCGCGAAAGUGUAGUGUAGUGAAGCCAUGUCUGAGCACCAUCGUGGUGCCUGGGGAGCGCGGGAGGACGCAGUGUGGUGGCCGGGCGCUAUUACAACCGACCAACAACAGACAUUACAGUCGCAUCAUCAACAUCUUUUGAAUCAACAUCAUCAACAGCAAUUAGCUGCGGCUCAACAACAAGCUGUAGCGCAACAGCAACAACAACAGGCGCAACAGCAACAACAGGAACAACAACAAGCGCAACAACAACAACAACAGGCCCAACAACAGCAACAAGCUCAGCAAGCUGCGGCGCAGGCUGCACAUCAACAGCAACAACAACAACAACAGCAGCAACAACAACAACAAGCAGCGGCGCAAGCAGCACAUGAUGCUGCGGUCGCAAGAAGUACGGCUGCUGCGGCAGCGACACACCAACUCUUUUCAUAUAAAAUGGCUAGUAGCUUCCAAAAUCCGGCCACCACGGGUACGGUGGCAAGUGUGUCUUCCACGUCGCCUGUAGGUGCUGCCGGUAUUCGCGGUUAUGAUUACCGACUUGGUGGCGGUAUGGUAAAUGUUGGUGGUGCCACAUUAGCAGGAGCAGCUCCCACAGCUCAAUGGUGGUAUCCUGGUGCUAUGGAAAAUGCAAUGCAAAAUAUGCAAAAUGUAUCAACACCACCUCCGCAACAAAAUCAACAGAAUCAAGCGCAGCAGCAAGCAGCGCAACAAGCUCAACAACAAGCUCAGCAGCAGGUACAUAAUCAACAGCAACAACAACAACCUCAACAAAUACAUAAUCAACAAAUUCAGUCUCCUCAAAUACAACAGCAACAGACACCGAGAGGCAGAAUGCCGCGUGCAAAAGCUGAUUCUAAACCUAGGGGGAGAAUGACUGCGUAUGCGUUUUUCGUACAAACAUGUCGCGAAGAGCAUAAGAAAAAACAUCCUGAGGAAAAUGUAAUCUUUGCUGAAUUCUCUAGGAAAUGUGCCGAACGAUGGAAGACCAUGUUAGAUAAGGAAAAGAAACGUUUCCAUGAAAUGGCAGAAAAAGACAAAGCACGUUAUGAUUCAGAAAUGUUAAAUUAUACACCUCCCAAAGGAGGUGAAACUAAGCCAAGAGGCAAAAAAAGGAAACAGAUCAAAGAUCCAAAUGCACCAAAACGUUCAUUAUCAGCAUUCUUCUGGUUCUGUAAUGAUGAACGCAGUAAAGUAAAGGCCAUUAAUCCCGAAUAUGGAGUCGGUGAUAUUGCUAAAGAAUUGGGAAGAAGAUGGUCAGAUGUUGAACCUGAAUUAAAAUCUAAGUAUGAGGCCAUGGCUGAACAAGAUAAAGCCCGAUACGAUAGGGCUAUGACCGCAUACAAAAACUCGAUCAAUCAAUAAUCCAGAAAUAAUGAAAUGACUGCAUACAAAAAAAGAAUUAAGCCAGAAAACAAUGUUCCAGAACCAGUAGAAGAGGAGGAGGAAGAGGACCCAGAAGAAGAAGAUGAUGAGUAGACAUUAAAAUGUGUAAAUUAAACACAUUAAAGCCUUUAUUUUUUAAAUCAAUGUGAGGUUGAUCACUUGAGAAACAAAGGCGUGUCUGCUAAUCAUAAUUGUUCAUUCCUGCUCCCAAGUGUAUAUAAAUAAUAUUAACAUAACAGUG